GUUUGUGUUCCGUGAGGGCCGCACUAAGGGCAUCGGCGUCAUCGUGGCCUGCCAGGGGGACAGCCCCGACUCCUGGGACGACGCCGCCGUGCUGGCCACACCCCAGGGCCAGGGCGCGCCCACAGCGCCAGGGGCCGGGGGCGGCGGCCAGCAGGGGGCCGGGUGCGGCGCAGAGGUGGCCGCGGCGGCGGCGGGGGGUGGCGCCGCGCCCGUCGCGGGUUGCCGGGUGAGCGCUCCGUAA